CUGUAAUCUGUACUUCAUACAAAACAUUCAUACUUGAGGCUACAGCUUAAGCCUUGCAAGAGUGUUAAGACUUGUUCUUGCAUAUUGUUAAUUCUCCCAAGAAUCUCUACAUAACAACCUCGACGUACAUUGCUGGUAACCAGAAACCACCUACAAUCGUAUUUAAAAACCUAAUCGCAUUGCUGUUGUCAAUAUGGCAGACAGAUUCCCGUCGCUAGACGACUUUGAUUCUGGUGCCCAGACCGAGAUCCAAGAUGUCGGUUCACCAUCAGCCGACGAUUUCCUCGCUCGAGAACGCGCUCUCCUUGGCGAUGACGCCACGCAGUUUACCACGGGCAACGAGUCUGCGGCCCUUGCGGAUCCCUCAUCCGACGAUCUUCUAGGAGGCGGUGCCGAAAGCGCCCAAUUCGAGAGCCAAUUCCCUGAUAUCAACACUUCCAACGAGCAAGUCGCACCUGGUGGUACUAUCACUGGCCCGUCCGUCAGUUACAACUCUGGCUUUAACGCUUAUGUCGGGGAAGAAGAGGAACCUGAAGUCAUCAAGGAGUGGCGCGAAAAGAGGGAUGCCGCCAACGCCCGACGAGCCGAGCAGUUCGCCGCCCAGAAGGCCGAGACCAUCAAGGAGGCUCAACAGAACAUUGAUGAUUUCUACGAGAACUACAACAGCAAGAAAGAGAAGAUGAUCGCGCAGACCCGAAAGGAGGCAGAGGAAUUCCUAGCUAGCCGAGACGAUACCACUUCCGGCGGCACGAGCUGGGAGCGCAUUGCUAAGCUGGUGGAUGUGAGCGGUAAAGGCCAGAAGGGUGGUGCGAGUGGUUCGGGCAAGGAGCGCUUCCGUGAACUGCUGAUGAGCCUGCGCAAGGACGAGAAGGCCCCCGGAGCCGAAGGAUACUAGACAUGCCCUUAACACUAGUAUGCACGAAGAUGACCAACUAAUAGAAGUUACCAGCUAGCUGGUUUAUUAACAGCAAAUCGAGGGUGGAUUACUACUACCAACGUAGGCUGUACUUAGAGAAAACAUUCAUGUACGAGUAAAUAGCAGGCAUUUCAGAGGCUUCUUGUGCCUUGGGCGUAAUGGACUGAUUCACAUCAAAUUUUAUCAUCA